CACUAGCACCUGUGUUGUGCCUCCUCACUCUCCUGCGCUGCUGCGUGUGUUUUGUUUGUUCAAGCCUAUAAAACCAUAGAUGUCCUGCCUGUCAGCCGUCACCACAUACCACAUCGACACAUAUAUACAUUAUAGCAGGCAUGUAUCAGCAACACCAUCAAUGGACUACUGAUUCCUCUUGUUAUUUCGUAGAUGGUGAUGCCAUCCUUCCCUCUCAGCCAGACGCCUUGCUUGCCCAUGGAGGAGCGUUCCUGCCUUCUCGUCUUUUUUGUUCGCAGCAGGCUCCUGCCAUUGUUCCUCCACCUAUUGCCAGCCAGCUGCACGCCAUCAUCACCCACUCGUCGUCGUCGUCGUCGUCCGGCAUCAUGGCUGCUGCAGCAACGUCCUCGUCGUCGUUUCGCCGGACGUCGAGCACAGGAGACCUCACCGUCCUCCUGGAGGAGCAAAGGGGAGCGGCAAGGUACAGCGCUGAGGAGCGCCGGGAGCGCGUCGACAAGUACCGGAGCAAGCGCAACCAACGCAACUUCCAAAAGAAGAUCACGUAUGCCUGCAGGAAGACGCUCGCAGACAACCGUCCCAGGGUGAAGGGCCGCUUCGCGCGCGAUGGCGGCGACUACGCAGAGACGACGGAGGCAGAUGCAACUGCAGACCACCAUGUCCAUGCCCCAGCACUGCCAGCAGCAGCAUAUCAGCCAGUAGAGUUAGAGGCAGAGUCGCCGGCUGUACGGGAGUUGCCUGCUGGCAUCAACGUAGUAGCAGAGCUCUGCGCUGACGACGAUGAGAUGCUGGCCGCUUACCUUGGAGUCUCCUCCAUCAGUUUAGUAUAGCUGAUUAUCACUACAGCUGCCACCCAUAGAUAUACUGACAGAUUUCAGCUUCUGGUCAUUAGUUAAGUAGGAUAGCUUAUCUUAAUUAGCUCUACUUUACUAGUUAGAAUGUGUAAAAAAAAAUUUGGGGGGUUUUAAGCUUGCUACUUUUAUAUGCUUAGUAUGUACUGUAGUGGCUUAAUGAAAAUCUGUGCCAAACCUAUUCUAU